AUGGCUACCGGAGACAAUAGCAGUCGGGUUCCGUGUUUAAAUUUCUCCGGACCCGGACCUUUGAGGAACAGCCAACCGAGCAACAGUUCAUACGCUUUGGCCGCGAGUCACGGAGGAUCGGUUGGAGGCGGCGGAGGCUCUCAGGGCGUAACGAGACGCUCAAAUCCCCAACCGGGGCCUGUGAGUUUGGAAAGCCCCGGUGUUGCGUCAGGACCUCCGCCGAACCUGGUGAACUCUCCCCCGGCUGCCGCGGCGGAGGUGGGGCCGCUGCCUCCGACCGCCUCGAACAUGACCGGGAACCCGUCUAAUAACGCUGCGAUGCACUCGUCUCUGUCCGCAGCCGCCGUGCUCGUGUACCGGGAGCCUGUUUAUAACUGGCAGGCGACGAAAACCACAGUGAAAGAGAGAUUUGCGUUUCUGUUCAAUAAUGAAGUACUGAGUGAUGUUCACUUUCUAGUGGGGAAAGGAAUCGGAGUCCAGCGGAUACCUGCGCACAGGUUUGUUCUGGCCGCUGGCAGUGCAGUAUUCGAUGCCAUGUUUAAUGGAGGCAUGGCCACCACAUCCACAGAGAUCGAGCUUCCUGAUGUAGAGCCUGCUGCGUUCCUGGCAUUGCUCAAGUUCCUGUACUCCGAUGAGGUUCACAUUGGACCCGAGACAGUGAUGACGACUCUCUACACCGCUAAGAAAUACGCCGUUCCCGCUCUGGAGGCCCAAUGUGUGGAGUUUCUGAAGAAGAACCUGCGCGCAGACAAUGCUUUCAUGCUGCUCACACAGGCGAGACUGUUCGACGAGCCGCAGCUGGCCGCUCUGUGUCUGGAGAACAUCGACAAAAACACCGGAGACGCUCUCGCUGCUGAGGGAUUCACCGAUAUUGAUCUGGACACGCUGGUGGCGGUGUUGGAGAGAGAUACUCUGGGCGUUCGUGAGGUGCAUCUGUUCGGAGCCGCGGUGCGCUGGGCAGAAGCGGAGGCUCAUCGACAGCAGCUGCAGCUCACGCCGGAGAACAAGAGACGUGUGCUGGGGAAAGCCCUCAAUCUCAUCCGCUUCCCGCUCAUGACCAUCGAGGAGUUCGCCGCAGGUCCUGCUCAGUCGGUCAUCCUGACGGACAGAGAGGUGGUGAGUCUGUUCCUGCACUUCACGGUGAAUCCUAAACCACGUGUGGAGUUCAUCGACCGGCCGCGCUGCUGUCUGCGAGGGAAAGAGUGCAGCAUCACGCGCUUCGGGCAGGUGGAGAGCCGCUGGGGGUACAGCGGGACCAGCGACCGCAUCCGGAUCUCUGUCAGUCGCAGGAUAUUCAUUGUGGGCUUUGGUCUUUAUGGAUCCAUACACGGACCUACAGACUAUCAGGUCAACAUACAGAUCAUUCACACGGACAGUAACACCGUUGUGGGUCAGAACGACACGGGCUUCAGCUGCGACGGAUCGGCCAGCACCUUCAGAGUCAUGUUCAAGGAGCCGGUGGAAGUUCUGCCCAACGUCAGUUACACGGCCUGCGCUACGCUAAAGGGUCCAGACUCUCACUACGGCACUAAAGGCAUGAGGAAGGUCACGCACGAGUCGUCCGGCUCCGGCUCUAAAACCAGCUUCACCUUCUGCUACGCCGCGGGAAACAACAACGGCACGUCUGUGGAGGACGGCCAGAUCCCAGAGGUCAUCUUCUACACGUAGUGUCCGCCGGCGUCUCAGGGCUUCCCAUCCGCACGUGAUCUUGCACUCGACCGUAACGCUGUAGAGGAUUCAGAGGAGUGACUGUGAAGACGGACAAAUCAAACACUGUUACAGGAUGAACAGACGGACGUUUGUGUCAUUAAUGAUUGCCGGUAGACUUUGAGGGCUCAUAUUAAUACUGACUGCUAACAGCAAGUGAAUUAACUCGCUGAAUCUUUAUUUUUGUGUAUGAUUUUGCAUCUGGGUUGCUAUUGAAACUCCUGCCAAACCUGCACCUCACUGUGUUUCAGAGCUUUACAUUUAAAGGAAUAGCUCACCCACGCAUGAACAAUAGCUGAAAGAGAGAUUGUUUGUAGAAAUGUAGCACUGCAUCAGUGUCUCAUCAAUGGAUGCUCUGCAGUGAAUGGGUGCCGUCAGAAUGAGAGUCUGAUAAAAACAUCCAGACACUCCAGUCUGUCAGUUAACAUCUGGAGAUCUGUUUUAUCUUUAAACAGUCACUUUAACGGCUGACGGCACCCAUUCACUGCAGAGAAGCCAUAAUGCUAAUUUUUGGGUGAGCUAUUCCUUUAACUAUUAUACAAGUAAAGCUAAUUUUGAUGUUUAUGCAAGUAAUGAUUCAUGCAAGAUGUCAGUGAGUUUAGAUUCUAAUCGUAAUUGUUAUAUGAAAAGAAAAGAUGCGUUGAGCUUUUGUACAGCAGUGUGAUUGUAGACCAGAGGAAGCCGGUCUGGGAUCUUCUCUUCUGUGCCAGUGUUUGGGGAGAUGAUCCUCAGUCGUUCAGGACGCACUUUAACUAGAAGCUGAACACAGGAACACUUUAUUUAUUCACAGGAUGAACCUCAGCGCUGGUGCAUGACUGUUCAGAUCAAACACACGCUCGUGUUUCUGGACCUGGGUCUUCACAUGACUACUCAUGUACAAUAAAGAUUAAUCAUUCUUUACAGAUC